GUUCGGCUCAUGGUGGCGCUAGUGUGAACUUGAGGGAUUAUUUACAUCUGAGUCAUCCGGAGUUUUCCCUGUUGAUUUUCUCCAAAAUAUCUGAUUUUCCGCGGAAAAGGAUGGGUGAAAGCGUGAAGAUAGUCACUGCGGACUUUGUGAAGGUGAAUGUGACCAAUUCCAAGACCGAUGCGGUAGUAUUUGAGCGUAAAUUCCCGAAAGACAUCACCAUCUUGGAGUUUAAGAACAAACUGGAGGUGGUGACGGGUGGGUGUGCGGCGACGAUGAAACUUGAGCUAUUCAAUGGAGACAAGUUGGUGGGAAAGCUGGAUAACAAUGAAUCCCUCCUUGGCUCGUAUCCCAUUGAGGAUGGCAUGAGGAUCCAUGUGAUUGACGAGUUCACUCUCGUCGAUGCUGAGAACGUGGAGAAGUUCAAUCUCACAGAUCAGCAGUACAGCGAGAGGACGGACACAGUGAGGAACUUCCUGAGAAGCAACAAACUCGGCAAGUACGACGAGGAGGAGAUGAAGCGGCUAGAAGAGAAGAAGCGCGAGGCAGCCGCCAAGGAGGAGAGAUUGGCCAGGGAGAUCACAGUCGGCGCUCGGUGUCAGGUGACAGUGGCCGGGCAGCCGAGGCGACUGGGAACUGUGAUGUUCAAUGGAGUGAUCGAAGGCAAGAACAAACUCAUGAUUGGAGUGAAAUUCGAUGAGCCUCUGGGAGUUAAUGAUGGAACAGUUAAUGGAAAGAAAUACUUUGAAUGCCAGCCGAAAUACGGAAGUUUUGUACCUCCCACGGCAGUGACUGUGGGCGAUUUUCCUGCAGAACCUGAUGAACUCGAUGAGAUCUAAUUCCCAGCUUUUCCUCACCCUUUUCUGUACUCACAUUAAUUCACGCAAUGAUUUAACCAGUGUCAGCCGUGAUUGCAUUUGAAAGACUUCUUUUCUACUGCGUGUCCAAGAAUUUUUGGCAAGUUGUUCACUAUAUGUUAGCACGAAGCAACAUCAAAAAAAGCUUUUCAA